GCGCGCCCCGUCAGUCGGCGGCGGCGAGUCACGCGCGUCGUCUCGUCCAGCUCUCUCCGCACUAGGUUGCGCCACGCACACCUGCUACCUUUCAGGCUUCGACGGCUCUCACGCUCUCGAGCGUGGAGGUCGCGUCCCCGCGCGCCGCAGUUUCGGUUCUCCGCGGUUUCGCAGUUUCACCUCGAGUUUCGUCUGAGGUUCGCGGCAGUGACGAUAUCCGUGAUACUGUGAGCGUUGUGCCGGUGCCGUGACUCCGGGCUGGCCCGUCGGCCGCGUGCUGUGACAGUGAAAUCGUGAGUCUCGCCUGCGGAUGUGCAGUGAUGGAUGAGUAGACAGAGGCGCGAGUGCACGCGCGGACCGCCAAGUCGUCGGUAUUUCUGGCUGAGUGUGCGAGCGGGCCGUCAAAAUUGAGCCCAAACUGUAUCUAGAUUACAACGCUGCCCCGCUGUUCGCCUCGGAAAACGCCUCCAGUGAAGUGUGGAGCGCGGGCGGCGGGGCCGGCGGCGCGUCAUGCGGUAGCAGCAUGGACCUCAAGCAGGUGGCCUACCGAGGGCUACCGAGCCAAGUGAAGGCGGAGCCCGGCGUCAGCCACAACGGGCACCCCAACGGCCACGUACGCGACUGGAUGGCCGGCUCGCCUAGUCCGACCACGGCGCAGCCCCCGCCGAACAACGGGUACUCCUCGCCACUGUCCUCCAGCAGCUACGGGCCCUACAGUCCUAAUGGAAAAAUAGGUCGAGAGGAACUGUCGCCAGCGUCAAGUGUGAACGGGUGCAGCACAGAUGGCGACGCGAGGCGACAGAAGAAGGGUCCGGCGCCGCGACAGCAGGAAGAACUAUGUCUCGUCUGCGGCGACAGGGCCUCUGGCUACCACUACAACGCGCUUACGUGUGAGGGAUGUAAAGGUUUCUUCCGACGGAGUGUCACAAAGAACGCAGUAUACAUAUGCAAAUUCGGCCACGCUUGUGAAAUGGACAUGUACAUGAGACGAAAAUGUCAAGAAUGCCGUCUGAAAAAGUGUCUAGCUGUAGGCAUGAGGCCAGAAUGCGUUGUACCAGAAACCCAGUGCGCGAUCAAAAGAAAAGAAAAAAAGGCACAAAGAGAAAAAGACAAACUGCCAGUUAGUACGACGACGGUGGAUGAUCACAUGCCUCCUAUUAUGCAGUGUGACCCCCCUCCCCCUGAAGCCGCGAGGAUUCUGGAAUGUUUGCAGCACGAAGUGGUGCCGAGGUUUCUGUCGGACAAACUCCUGGAGCAGAACCGGUUGAAGAACAUACCCCCGCUGACGGCCAACCAGCAGUUCCUCAUUGCAAGGCUCGUCUGGUACCAAGAUGGGUAUGAACAACCGUCCGAAGAGGAUCUGAAAAGGGUUACACAGACGUGGCAGCAGGCAGACGAGGAAGACGAAGCAUCUGACAUGCCGUUCCGGCAGAUUACGGAGAUGACAAUCCUGACGGUGCAACUCAUCGUCGAGUUCGCUAAAGGCCUCCCUGGGUUCUCCAAGAUCUCACAGCCUGAUCAAAUUACGUUAUUAAAGGCGUGUUCAUCAGAGGUGAUGAUGCUUCGGGUGUCGCGGCGAUACGACGCGGCGACAGAUAGCGUGCUGUUCGCCAACAACCAGGCGUACACCCGCGACAACUAUCGCAAGGCAGGCAUGGACUACGUCAUUGAAGACCUACUCCACUUCUGCAGGUGCAUGUACUCCAUGUCGAUGGAUAACGUGCACUACGCGCUGCUCACUGCGAUUGUUAUAUUCUCAGACCGGCCGGGCCUCGAGCAGCCGCAGCUGGUGGAGGAGAUCCAGCGGUACUACCUGAACACCCUCAGGGUGUACAUCAUGAACCAGCACAGCGCCUCGCCGCGCUGCCCCAUCAUCUUCGGCAAGAUCCUGAGCAUCCUGUCGGAGCUGCGCACUCUCGGCAUGCAGAACUCCAACAUGUGCAUCUCCUUGAAGCUCAAGAACAGGAAGCUGCCGCCGUUCCUGGAGGAGAUCUGGGACGUGGCGGACGUGUCGAACGCGGGCGCCGCGGCGCUGCGCGAGCCCGCCGCCGCCGACCUCUAGCCCCGCGGCCGCGCCGCCGCGCCCGCGCCGCCCUAGCCGUCCCAGCCGCUAGCCCGGCGGCGCCCGCGCCCAGGAGAGACACGCUCAUAGACUGGCUAGUUUAAGUGAAGUGCACUGACACUCCCACGGAAAUGAUCAACCUAUUUAUAAUGUGCAAAUUUACCUUAAGUACUCGUACUACGUAUUCGGUGACCGAUGUUGUGCGAGAGAUUAGUGAAUAUAUGUGUUGUUGAAAGUUUGGAGAAUAUAUAUUUAGUGUUGAUCGUUCGCGAGUUACGUUUACGACUGGGUACUGAGUUGGUCACUCGGAUACGAAUAUAUAUUAAGACUUGGAUAAGUACACCUCCUAAAUUAAACAUACGUACAUACAAUAUGAGAGUUAUAAGAGAAAAAGUAAUAUAUGAAGAGUUGUUUCUAUUGGGUGAAAUGAUAAUAGUAAAAGUUACGUUUUAUUUGCCGAAACGCAUCAAGCGUUGGUUAACCGUUCAUUUGCCGGCUGCGAGCGUGCCCGCGGCCCGCGUUGUGUGCAUGUACGCAGACGUGUUAUCGUGUUCUGUCGAUUUAGUUCCGUUUCAUGUUCCAUUGUCCUGUGCCCGCGUCCCUCGACAAACGAAUAUAAUUAUAAUUUAUUGCUGUGAUGUGAUUACAUUUAUAGCAUAUUGAAUUAUCUUAUGUAGGCUGAGAUAAGUGUGUCUUAUUACGAUAUAAUAGAUUCUACUGUCGGUAGCUUUCAUAAAACAUUAACUCUGUUUUAGUACUUUUUGAAAUAUAUGAAGAUUCACUGCUCGUUUUUGUAUAUGUUACUGUUAAAGUCCGAAAACUGGGAAUUUUAAGAUUUACCUAAUGAUCUAAAAUACCUAAUUAAUAUAGCAUUACGCAUAGCGUUAAGCCGUUGAUCCCGGUUACUACUUAUGUAAGUAAGUAGUCGUUACAUGCGCCAUGUCAGGGGCCUUUCGCGGCUCAAUAGUAACCCUGACACCAGGGUUGAUGAGGUUGGUACUCCACCUCACAACUCACACGAUAGAAGAAGAUUACGGCUGUAUCCACGAAGGGGUAGGCAGAGGUGUAUAGUAUAUACAGUCAUAGAGAAUAUCAUGUACCCACUUUAGAACCCUGUCGCACUAUCAUAUUUGACAUUUAAUGAGACUUGCGGUUUAGUUUGUCAAAAAAGUUAAUAUGACAUGGUUUCAAAGUGUAUACAUAUUAGUACGCGUGACUGUACACCCACUGCUCACCAGCUAUGUAUGUAAAACUCCGAAUUGAUUUUCAAUAAUCGUUCAUUUCGAACUUUUUCCAUCACUUGGUAAAUCUUAGGAUUUAUUUACCGGUAAAUUCUAAAAUAGGUUUUGGACUUUUGUGGUAACAUAAAAAAGGUCGAUCAGCGCACUAGUUGGAUGUUACGUUGGCGACCCGCAGGUGUUAUAGUCGCUAUAGUUUCGGCGGGGUCGGCUCAAGCUGUCAUAGCUGUCAAACUGCCACAGUGCACCGUUCGUGUAUAUCACUGCCCGCAUCGCCGAUAUUGAUGCAUUAGCUCCCUUAACCCCCCGAGCCGGCCCAGCCGAACGCCAAAACAAACACUCUAAUUACGGUUACUAAAAAAAAUAUAAAAAAGAAAAAAAUAGAUAAUUUAUUCUAAAUUUAAAAGCUGUGGAGGCAGGUUGGAAUUGUCCCAGUCACACGAUAUAGCGAUUAUGAAAUGUAUCUAAUACAUAAAUUAUCCGGAUUGUAUCUACUUAAAGCGAAAUUGUGCGUGCGUGUACCAGGCAGCUGUUAUGUAGGUACUAGCGUAGGGCCCAUAGAUAUAUUGUUAAGUAUUUAUUCGUUUACUUUAUUUAAUAUUAGGUUAGCAACAUUCCUUUAUAUAACUAAAACUUCAAAAAGUACAAAGUGGCAGCUAAUUUACCUCAAAUUGGAAAACAUAUAUUUGUAUCUAUUUGGCCGAGCUUACUCUAUGGGAACAAUGUUGAUGUAAGAAGAUGAACGCAUUUCUGAUAGUACAUGCACGCAGAUAGAUCUAAAUUAUACCCAAUAAAACGUACCCUGAUGACAGGGACAGAGAUAUAGUACAUCGCUUAGCUUUUUUAGUUUAUGGUUGUAUCUUGCGAUCAGUCACAUUGACUAUAAGCAAAGCAGAUCGGGAGAUGGGUUUCAAAAUUUAUUUUUUUACUAGAAAAAAAUAUUUUUUCACUAGAGAUUUUUUACAUAAUAAAUGUAGGUACUUCAAAAUUCGGCUUAUAAAAACUAAGAAAGAAUUACGUUGAAUACAAUGUUAAAAUCAUCAUCAAUAUAGCUUAACUGUUUGUGACUUUGCAAUAAAUGUAUAAUACGAGUCUAAAUUCCGUUUAGCGAGAAAGGGACGAGAGAUAUGUCACUCUUCAUGCUACGUUUUAAAGGGUAAAACAAAUCUUUCUCACCUGCCUCCACUAAUCAUAAGACUCACAGUCGUUAACACAAUAAGGUAAUAACUGCCCAAAAUAAAGCUAUAAUCGGAAAUGCCUUAUUUCGCGUUACCUGUACCGUGUACCUACAUUGUUGAUGAGUGGAUUAUCAUUAUAGGUCGGAAAUUUGGUGGCAUUUUAUCUAAACUUAACGGUAAUACAUGAUAUAGAGUUGACAUUACCGUUCACCCUACCUGGCUUUUUAAAAUAAUAUAUCUAUUAAUUAUUUGCUGAUAUACAUUCGUAUAGCGCUGUACAAAACUGAAAUACAUUGCAAUGUGCAUCCAAAAAAAUAAUAUAUACUACUUAAAUAAGAUCGAAUUAUUGGUAUGCAAAACAUUCGAUACGUAUUUUAUUGUCUAAUGAGGAAAAAUAUUCUGCUGUUUUUAAAAGUCAAGAGGCAGUGAAUGGUAAUAUCAACUCUAUAUUAUGUACCACCGUAAAGUUUACGUAAAUCCGCCACCGAAAUUCUGAUCUAUAAUUAUCAUAGUAUAUAGAACCUAAAAUUAACGAUCUCAAUUACCAAUAAGCGUUGUUAAACAUUAAGCGUGUUUUCCAUUGGGCAUUCAGACUUUGGAUUUGUGGAAAAUAAGGAAAAAUCAUGGUCACUUUUUUGAGUAACCUCCUUAAGACAGAUUUACAUGGCCUACGGUCUAUACUGAGAACUUUGACAGGCCUAUCUUUCCAAUUAGGCACUCUGGGCUAAUACCCAGAGACCCAUGAUCAGUUGGAUAAAUAAAAAAUAUCGCUUCUUUUUGUCUGAUUUAACAAUAUACUCAAAGAUCAUUCUAAUUUACGCAGGUUACAAUAGGUUAAAAACAGCCCUUAAUUCCAGAAAACAAUAUUCGAUAUUUAAGAAGGGCUUCCAGCAGUUGCUUUAGACGAAAUUGAAGAACAUUGAUCAUAAACAUUGACACGAAACUUCCUCAUUCUUCCCAAGUUCAAGUCCGUGCCCGUAGUUCAUCUCUGACGCGUCUCUCCAUCUGUUGUACAGUCCGUCUCGAACCUUCGAUAUAUCGCAUACUACCACAAUAUCACUAACAUGACUCGCGAUAUCACCAUCCAUUCGUAAUAUACAAAUAAGAUAAUAUUAAGUGUCUGUUUGGUGCGUGUUGGAUGUGUCUUCUUUACAUCCAUUAAGUGUGUUGUAAAUUUACAUUAAUACAGUAUGUUUGUGGUUUUUGGAAAUGCAUUUCUUAAUAUACGUAUAACAGAGCGAUCGAGCUGGCACCGUGGGCUGUACUAGUCCGCUUCAAUAAUUUUAUUAUAGCAUUAGGCUCUAAAAUAGACAUUGAAGCACAAAUCGUAUUGGCUUCGGAAGGGGCUUAACAACACUGCCAUUAUAAAGUUAUUAUUCAUGGUGCGAGAAUGCGUGUGCUCAUCUGUCGAUGUUCAUUGUAGGAUAAAGUAUACUGUCAUGACACGAGUAACUUUUAAGUUAUGACACGAUGCCUUAUAACUGGGAUGCGAUCGUAACCUGUCACCCCACACGUUACGGUCCGUCGCAAGUUUGUGACAAAUAUAACUGCCAUUCGAUAAGUAAUACAUCAUUCGCGUAGACUUCAAGUAGCUUCAUGUUUUCGGCCUCUGUCGGUGCACAGCCGGUCGUGUUUGAUACAUAAUUAUUCAAUUUCGAAAUUGUAAUAGAUUUAUUAAGUAUGUAAUAAUAAUCUCACAUGAGAAAGUAAUAAUUAAUGAGAUACCUACCCUAAUAUAAUUUGUGUCUUAGCUGGUAAACAUUAGUAUGAUGAUAAGUUUAUAUCGCUUGUUGAAUGGGAGACGGCACACUUAGCACCGAGCGGCGAGGCCUGAUGUCUGUCUAAGUGUCCGCUGAGGGUACACGAGCGGAUGUGGUACUACCGACUGCAACCAUACAAUCCUGCGUUUCGUUUCGUUGGGAGCACCGAGCACACAAGUGACCACUCCUGGCGGGUCCAGUCUAUUAACUAAACGAUGGGCUUAACUGGAAGUGAUACUUCUUGUCCAUUAAAACUUGUACAUAGGUACCUUUAGAUUCUAUUGUCAUAUGUUUGACAUAUGUUUAAUUUUAUUCAUCUAAGAAAGUACAGAUGGCUGUUGUUAUUAUUAUAUUAUUUGGGUAGAAGUAUAUUUUUUGUAAAUGACCUCUGUAUUUAUCUUUUGUAAGCCAUAGGGACUUAGAUUAAUACGAGCAGCGAACAUGUGAUUAUUAAUUUCAUUGAUUUUUUUGUAUUUACUGAGAUAAUUUUGUUCAACGUGUAUUCUUCGUUUCGACAGAUUUUUUUUUCUUAAUAAUUUUGUUACUUCAGAGUGCAAUAUGUACAAAUAUUUACAUAAAUAUAAAUUGUACAGUCAAUUUUUUAGUUUUAAUGUGUCAACGCAAUAUGUUUCGCUGAUCAUUCGUUGAAUGUACACUGGAAGGCAUAAUAUCUUUAUCACAAUUGGGGCGCCCCACUAUUUGUGUUUCUAAUACUUAAGCGAUUAAUUUUAUUAUAGAAGGACUAGGUGAUCUUUGUAUUUAAAUUUGCUAAUUUUUCGUAGCAGAUUAGAUUUGUUUACUGGUUAAGAUGAGUAAUGUACAUUUUGAAUUGAUUUAAAAGUGAUUUAGUUGUUAUUUAGAAACGAAUUUUUCUUAUUAGAUAUAGCUGGCAGCAUCUAGGACGUCAGUCCGAAAGACCAGUGCUUGUGCAAUUGUUGCGGGCCAGGGGCCUAUACCGUCAUGCGCGUUCAAAUCUUGCAACUCGCACUAUAUACUUGCAAUACGAGUGACUAAACGCACUUGCUCUCGCUUUUAAACGUAGCUAGAAACACUUUGUUGGUCGAACGUGCAAAGCUGGUUGCAGAAAUUCAUAGAUAAUAAAUUGUGCUGGUAGCGCCAAAAUGACUAACAAUAAAAGCCUAGCGGACAAAAUUUGCAACUUUUCACAGUUUGAAGACUGGCAUGAUUUUAGGCACGGUCAACAUUAAAUUUACCGAUUCUCUGGCAAAACAAACUUAAUUUUAUUUUAGUUUGAGUACUCUGAAUAUAGUUCCGUCCAAUCAUUACGAAAGAGAUAGAGCUAGGUUUAAUACUGUUAAACUAAAAUUGAAUGGAGUCUGCUCAAAUCGGCAUCAAUGUCGUUAUGUAAAUGUUAUACAUUAUUUUGGCGCCUCUAGAAUUACCGUGGUAGUGAUUUAUUAUCUGUGGAUUCUACAUUUAGUUGCUGCAGUUCAUAUUUUGAAAAUAAUCGUUGAAUAUGACUCUUAAAGUACGCAUGAAGCGAGAGGAAGGGCGACUAUCUUGUGCCACGAUAUGGGUCGGCUGACGCCAAAAGUAACCCUAUUCCGUGUUCAUAGAAACACAAUUUUGUAUAUUAUUUCUUUUUAAACUGUUAGUCCACAAUAACUAUGGUUUCCUCCUCAUACUUUGCCUUGUGAACCCUCUGUUCUUAUGAUUUGACGGCAGUGGUGAAGCGAAUUAGUUAUAGGGAACAGACAUGACGAUAUGUUAAAAUUUUAGAGAGUCAACUUUUAUAAAAGAAAACUACAAACCAAGAAAAGGUGUGUACAAAAUGAGGAAAUUUGUAUGAAACUUGUUAUGCGAAUAAACUUACACCUCAAGAUAAAAAUAUAAAACUUA